AUGGCAGGUGCUGUAAAGGUUUCCAUCCUAUGCAGUCUACUUCACGGUAUCGUAUGCCAACACUGGGCAGCCUUCAUGCCUCAGACAGUAGAGGGACUAAGUGGAUCCUGUGUGACGGUGCCCUGCACGUUCAGCUUGCUCUCAGGUUGGGACCAACACCUGGAUGAUUCCUGUGCCGCCAUCUGGAAGAGAGGCUGGAGUCGAACGCAGGUGUUCGACUCCAGCCUCUCCGGAGAAAAUGCAAGCCUAAACAUCCUGCAAGGAAACCUGAAGGGCAACCUGCGUGAGAAGGAUUGCACCACCGUCUUCGACAACCUGCCGUCAGACCAUUACGACCGAUAUUACUUCAGACUGCAGUGUGACAACGACUUGAAGUUCAACUUCCCAAGGAAUGUCCUUAUCACCACUCAAAAUUCAGUGCCUAAACCCGCCAUCAGUCCAUCCAGACUAGAGGUAGAAGAAGGAUCUCCAGUGAGGUUGAAUUGCUCGGCUGUAGCACCGUGCCUCAUUCUUCCCCCGGCUCUGACUUGGACCCCCAAAAUAGGUGACAUUGAGGAGAGCAUAGAAACUAAAUCUGUGACAUCUGUAAUGAACUUCACCGCUUCUUACCUCCACGAUGGACAGCGGUUCUCAUGCACUGCUCUCUACAACCAACAAGCUGGCAACAGUGACUUUCUGUAUGAAAAAAGUGUGACCCUCCGUGUCCUUUAUCCUCCAAAUAACACAUCGGUCAGCUACUCCGGUCCCGUGAAAGAGGGCAGCUCAGUGACCCUGACCUGCAACACCAACGCAAAUCCAGCCGUGGACAGUUUCACCUGGUACAAAGUGGAUGGAGAUCAGGUGACAGCGGUGGGUUCGAAGAACCGGCUUUCGACUACAGUCUCGGAAGUGGACAGCAAAUUUUACUGCCAAGUCAGUAGUAGUUAUGGGAACCAGAACUCAUCCACCACUCAGAUAGACGUACAAUUUCCUCCCAAGGAAACCACAGUGAUCGUCAACACCAACGGCUCCAUACUGGAGGGCAAGUCGGUUUCUCUGCUCUGUAGGAGCCGUGCAAACCCGACCGUGACCAACUACACCUGGUACAAAGAUGACGAAGAGGAGAAGGAGCUCGGAUCGAGCUUUGUCAUAAACGGCGUUGACCCGAGCCACAGCGGUGACUACCACUGUGUGGCAAAGAACGAGCUGGGAGAGGGAAUUUCAGCACCGACUCAGCUGGACAUUCAGUAUCCCCCUAAGAACACCUCAGUGUCCGUUGACCCCUCUGGUUCAGUGCUGGACGGCAGCUCCGUUACUCUGACCUGCACGAGCAUCGCCAAUCCAACAGAAGUUAACAUCACCUGGUUCAGAGUGGCUGGAAGAGAAAAGGAGGUGAUGGGCUCCGAGCGAGACUUCGCUUUAAAUGUGACCAAACUUUCGGAGGAUCAGUACUACUGUGAAGCUCUGAAUGUCUACGGGGCUGAAUACUCGGAGCUUACCAGUAUUGAUGUCACAUUUGCUCCAGAGAUUCUGCCUGCUUCACGCUGUGUCAAGAUUUUAUCCCUGAUCCGAUGUUCCUGCGACAGCCAGGGGAACCCGCCUCCCUCCCUGAUUUGGGAAUUGGCUGGGGAGGCUGUCAAUCACUCUUCCACCAUCCCAAUCAAGAAAGUUCCCCUUGGGAGUGUGGGUAUGAGGAGCGUCAUCACCCUGUACGAUCUGGACAAAGGCAUGCCCUCUCUAGUCUGCCUCAGCAUCAACUCGCUGGGCUCCCAUAGUUUUGUAUUCAACUUGUCCUCCAGCGAAACUGAGCUAGGCCUCCAUGCUCUGUCUCUUUUAAUCGGCUCUUCGGUGGGAGCCCUGGGGAUGCUGCUGGUGUGUGUCCCGCUGUUGAUAUUCUUUUGCAGGAAAAGGAAAAGAAGCCUUUCACCAAAUAAGGGAUUGGUGGACAUUUUAGUCUCUAAUGGGACCAAUUCAUCAAAAGUGGAUGUGAUUUAUGCCAAUAAAACCACUCUGAAAGAGGAAGAUCCUCUCCACUACGCCAAUGUGGACUUUGCUAAACUCCAGGUUCUGUCAGGGGCCGAGCUUGGGGAAGGCCAGAUCAGAGGCCUGGCCUCCAAGACGGCUGAGUAUGCUGAGAUCCAUCUGCACUCCGAAGGAGACGCAAAGGAAGAAGAGACAGUUGCUGACACCCAUUUGGGAAAAGGGACAGCUUAG